AGGAAUGUGCCACUAAUAAGAAACCGGAGCGUUGCAGAGAGGAGGGCAAAAGAGGGAACGGCGGAGGAAAAACGACUAGAAAUGCGUUAAAAAGUAGUGCAGGGGGAUAAAAGUGCCAAUACACAGCCAGCACGUGAAUGGAAGGAUUAUAAUCCACCGUUGGAGUGAUUUUGACGCUCCCCAUGCGGAGAUUUGAACCAUGCAGGGACUGCUGCUGCUUCUGAGUUUGGCGUUGAGUUUUCACAGAGUGCGGACGGCGCGGUUCUCUCAGGAGCCUGCAGACCAGUCAGUGGUUUUGGGCCAGAGGGUGGUCCUGUCCUGCGUGGUCUUCAACUAUUCGGGCAUUGUGCAGUGGACCAAGGAUGGACUGGCCUUAGGCAUUGGAGAAGACCUCCGGGCCUGGCCGCGGUAUCGUGUGUUGCGGCUGGUGGAUGUUGGGCAGUAUAAUCUGGAGAUCUCAGCUGCUGAACUCUCAGAUGACUCUCUCUACGAGUGCCAGGCCACGGAGGCAGCGCUGCGCUCGCGACGGGCCAAACUCACCGUCCUCAUUCCUCCCGAUGAGCCGGUGAUUGAGGGGGCCCCGGAGAUCCUCCUCACAGCAGGGGUCCCAUACAACAUGAGCUGCGUGUCCCGCGGAGCCAAACCCGCCUCUGUCAUAGAUUGGCAGAAAGACGGCCUGCCGAUAGAAGGGGCCAUCAGCACCACAGAGCUGCUUCCAGACAGGAAACGCGUGACCACACGCAGUUACCUGCCCAUUUCAGCAGUAGACACAGACACAGGGAAGAACUUUACCUGUGUUGCUACUAACCUGGCUGCGCCAAUGGGCAAACGGACCACCAUCACCCUCAAUGUACACCACCCACCGGUGGUGACGUUAUCCAUUGAGCCUCGCUCCGUAUUGGAAGGAGAGCGAGUGACCUUCACGUGCCAAGCUACUGCCAACCCACCUAUUAUGGGUUAUAAGUGGGCAAAGGGAGGUGUGGUCAUACAGGGGGCGAGAGAGAGUGCUUUUGUCACCAAGGCUGAUCACUCUUUCUUCACGGAGCCUGUGUCCUGCCAAGUGUUCAAUGCUGUGGGCAGCACAAACGUCAGUAUACUUGUCGAUGUCCACUUUGGUCCUAUCCUGGUUGUAGAGCCUAAACCAGUAACGGUGGAUGUAGACGCAGACGUCACUUUAAACUGCAAGUGGGCGGGAAAUCCUCCCCUCACACUAACCUGGACAAAAAAGGGUUCAAGCAUGGUUUUGAGUAAUAAUAACCAGCUCUAUCUGAAGUCAGUCAGUCAGGCAGAUGCUGGUCAGUAUGUGUGCAAGGCCAUCGUGCCUAGGAUCGGAGUGGGCGAGACAGAGGUCACACUCACCGUCAACGGUCCUCCCAUCAUCUCGAGUGAAGCGGUCCAGUAUGCAGUUCGAGGGGAGAGAGGCGAAGUCAAGUGUUACAUCGCCAGCACACCUCCCCCUGACAAGAUCGUGUGGGCAUGGAAGGAGAAUGUGUGGGAGAAAGAGAAGGGGACUCUAUCAGAACGAUACACGGUAGAACAGAGCAAACUGACUGUACAGGGAGGAGCAGUGCUGUCCACCCUCACCAUCAACAACGUCAUGGAGUCAGACUUCCAGUCCACUUACAACUGCACCGCCUGGAAUUCAUUCGGACCUGGAACCAUGAUCAUCACACUGAAAGAGACCGAAAGAGUGCCGCUUGGGAUCAUUGUGGGAAGCACUGUCGGUUGCUCGAUUCUACUUUUCCUGUGUUUACUAGCAUUAGUGCUGUUUUUGUAUCGGCAACGCAAAGGAAGUCGUCGAGGGGUCACGCUCGGCAAGCCAGAUAUCAAGGUGGAGACCAUAAACAAAGAGACCCACAGCCUGGAGGAAGACUCGGGGAGCGUCUCCACAGCCACACGCAUGGUGAAGGCCAUGUACUCUUUUUUACCUUCUGUGACCCUCUCUCCCUCCUCCCAGCCUUUUAAAGAUGACAUUGACCUCAAACAGGAGUUACGCAGUGACACGCUGGACACGCGCCAGGACUACGAGCUCAAGGACCCAACAAAUGGCUACUACAACGUGCGAGCUUCCACUCAUGAUGAGGGACGUCCCGCGUCCCGAUCCAUGCACUACUCGGACUAUCGCACCUCCGGCCAGCCAGGGGGCGCCGCAGCCAUUGUGAGCAGUAGCUCAGGAGCUCCCGGAGCAACCGCAGGCCCGGGUACACCGAGCAGCUUGGCUCCGGGGUCCCGAGCGGGCUGCUACGACCCUCGCCCUCCCUCUAGACUCUCACACAACAGCUACGCCCAAUUCAACACGUUCACCCGCGCCGGACAGUCCCAGCAGCCUCCACCCAGUUCUGGCCCACAGACUAGCGACUUCACUGAUUGCAGCCUCUUGGACUCCACCGCUCAGCUCGGAUAUGAAAAUUAUGGCUACCCUCACUAUCCGACAUAUCGGUUGGGUUUUGGUCCGCCUAGCCUCGCCCCGUUAGAAGGCGGGCCGGCGUAUGAGAUGUAUGGAGUCGGGCCGAGCGUCGGCGCAGGAGGCGGAACCGGAACCCCAGAGAAUGGACUUGGGAAAUACGGCAGUUCCACACGGUUCUCCUACACUUCCCAGCAUUCCGAUUACUCCCACCGACACACACAGAGGAUGCAAACACAUGUGUAAACGAGAAGCGACACGUGUACGUAACAAGUUACGCUCAUGUUAUGCCGAUAUCGGCCAUUUAAGUACACACACUCACACAGAUACACAGGACGGGAAUAAUGAAUAAAUCUGAGAUGAAGGCGGAGGGUGAACAAACAAAAGGAAGCUCAGAGUUAACGGAGGCCGAGAAAUGAGAACGGGAUGCAGGGCAGGAGCAUCUAAGUGUAUAUUUCUCAGCUCCAGGAGCUGAAAGCGAAAGUCACAAUCAAGAAAGACUGGUGUCUAGAAAAGAUCUAAGAUCUUUAUACCAUUCACUAAAUCCUGAAUGCUUUUAAUAAGCACGAUCACAAAGGUAGUUCCUGAAAAUGAAGGGUGCCUCUUAUAGGCUUAUAGUCGGUUUAACAGCGGUCUCUGACAGAGAUGCAGUACAUAUAUGAAUUAUCUUCAAAGGCUUCUUCAACUUCUCUCCUUAAGCUUUGCAUAGUUUAAAGGGCUUUUAAUGACAAAUUGCACAAUACACAGUGGAGUCUAAAAGUAAAAAAAAUAUAUAUAUUAUUGUUUUAUUUAAAAUUGAAACUGAAAAACUGAAAAUUUCAGGAUGAAAAAAAAUGUAAACCAGGAAAUUAAGCAAAAAAUAUUUAAGGUUCUACACAUUUUUUUUAGGUCACUAAUCAAAAUUACAUUUUGAUCAUGCAAACAACUUUUUACAAAUGAUUUUCUCGCUUGCACUAAAGCCCAAGAUGCUGUUUGAAACUUCCUCAAAUCAUGCUGGAUUGCGUGGAUCAUCUUUAGAAAAAUCUGGAGAUGUUUCGGACAAGCUGCAGAAUUCUGAAUGACGGAUAUAAAUAUAGUAAUAAUCUGUUUACCGUAUUUAAAUCCAUUACAGCAAUGGUUCUCAACCAGGGUGCCUCAGCAAACUUCCAAAGUGGUUUCAAGAAGACUUCAGAUUAUUUAAAAUAAGACCAAACUAACAUUAAAUAUGAUUAAAACUACUAGAAAUUGGGGAAACAUUUGUUUUUUUUGAAGAACCAUGGUUCUUACUGCUUUAAAACAUGGAUGCUGUACAUAAGGUAGCCUAAUUUUAUGAGUGAUUUAUAGACAUGGAAAAAUUACAAAUAAAUAAACUCCUUGCCCAUUUUUAUAAUGAAUAUACAUGUUCAUUAUGUUUUUUUUUCUUAAUCUUAAUCUUUAUCCAGUAAUUCAGAAUGAUUGAAUAUUAGAAUGUAAGAAAACAAGACUUUUAGAUCCCACUGUACAUGGUUACCAAUGUCACAAAAUCUCCAAAUAUCUUUAUUUUUUCAUUCAUUCUCAAAUGAAGGUCUGCAUUCGACAAAAGAAAUGAAGAGCACAUUUAAGAUUACUCGUACAACCUUGUUAAACAUUUUACUAGCCUUCUGUAUUUGCGCAGAAAGGUCCAACUCGAUUUAAAAAAGCACUUUUUAGCAUUUGCAAUAAUACAUAUUACCCUUGAAAUUUCAACAUUAUGACAGAGACAAGUUGAGGAAGCCAUUAAACCGUUUUCAGACAUGGUCAGCGACAGCCAUUCAGUUCACUUUCCUACAAAUAGUUCAGAACCAUGGAAUAUAUAUAUAUAUAUAUAUAUAUAUAUAUAUAUAUAUAUUAUAAAGUCUAUAUACAUAUUCAUAUACAGGAAUGCCCCACUCUUUUCCAUGGUGCUUUUGUAGUGGGGUCAUUGUUUGCACUGCAUUCUAGUAUUCUAGCUUAGAUUACCCUCAUAAUCAAUAUGUAAUCUCUCAUUUGCACACUAGGCUAGAGCGUUCUUUCUCUAUGUUUUGAAUAUUACCUUCCUUUUUUGUCAUAUUUCUGUAAGUGAUUCUGGACCAAAGGUUCAACGUUAUAGAUAUCAGUCUUUAUUUGGGUGAUAUUCACCUCAACGAACAAGAAAAUAUGCAGAUUUGUUUGUUAUCGUUGUUUGCAAAUGUAUUGGGUCGUGAGUGACCUAGAGUCUUUUUGUUUCAUUUUAUUUUGAUGGUUGGGAACAGCAGAGAAGGUCUUAAACUGAUCCAGCCUUAGGUCUCCAAACUCACCCUUACUGAUCUAAGAUCAGGCUGCUAUCGCAUUCGUCUUAAAGAUUACAAAGAUCAGAUUGGAACUAAUUUAAGGUCAAAGAUCUGGAGUGGUUUUUAACGCCUCGCGCUAGUUGGACUUUCGUGUGAAGUUUGAGAUCGGAGAGUCUUUCACUCACUUAUUCACACAGACACACGCCUGACAUUUGUGCCAAACACAAACGACUAACUUGAAGUAUUGUUCGCCAAUUAAGAAAAACUACCUUACAGGGGCCAGAGAUGUACUUUGGCUAUGAACAGUCUUCAACGGGUUUUGAAGGAUGCCAUUAUCAAAGAAGAAACAUGAGGAUGAAGACAUCGUCCACUUUUCGAGCGAGCCUUGUAAAUACUUACCCAUGUCUAAUUCCACAUUCAAGUAUUAUUUUACAUCAUCCAAUGUGAUGCACUCUUUAAAUGCAGUAUUGCUAUGUUUUCAAUUGCGUGAAGAAGGUUGACAAACACUAUAGCGAUGGUACUUUCGGACUCUGUACAGCACAGAGAGGAUGAUGAGGACCUGGAAACAUCUUGACGACCUGCUUGAGCUGUCAGUCACUCAUCCUUUGAAUUGAUGGACUGGGGAAAAUCGUGUGGGACGUGUGACCCACUGGACAGUAUUUGCAUUCCCCAUCCCAUCUAAGAACUUGAAGCUCCAUGAAGACCAGAAGAAGGAAUAUAUGAAGGAGUGAACAAAAUAUAGAGUGGCCUUAGGAAAACAUGACUUUUAUAUUCCCUCACUUUAUAAACUGGCUAAAGACCAGAGGAGUGCGUGUAGGUAUGUGUGUUUUUGUGUGUGUGAUUGAGUGCAAGUGUGAGAAUAUGAAAAUCUUUAUGUAAUCCGUUCAUUUACUUCUCUCACGUUCCUGCUCCAAAACUUUUCUUCUGCUGGUAGGAGUGUAAACUGUAUAACUGUGUCUUAGAAAAUAAACGUUGACCUUACUGUACUGUUCUUGGUAGCUGAAAAAUGUUUGACAGAUGUACAACAAAAAUUAUUGAUUUUUUUUUAUUUCCCUUUGAUUUUUUCCAAUAUUUUUUAAAAAUGUUAUGUAAUUAUUUUUUCACAGUAUAUCAGAAAUAAAAGCACUGUUUUUCUAAGAAAUCA